AUGGACUUCCACGCGCUCCCCCGCCGCGACCUCCAGGCCCUGGCCAAGCGCAACGGCGUCCGCGCCAACCUGAGCAACGCCGCCAUCGCCGACGCCCUCGCCGCGCUCCCCGCGGUAAGUUCUUGGUCUUCGAACCACCGUCUCGCGUCAGAUCUAGGUCGGCGUCGGCUGGAUUUGACUGAAUCGCGCGUUUUGUACUUGCAGGUCGACGGGAUCGAGGAGUACGUCGAGCAGGCGGUCGUUGUCGAAGUGGCCAAGCCGGCGGUUCAGGCGGUUGUGGAGGAGGUGAAGAAGAAGAAGACGAAGAAGCAGGAGGCGGAGGAGAGGAAGAAGCAGGAGGCGGAGGAGAAGAAGAAGCAGCAGGAGGCGGAGGAGGCGAAGAGGAAGCAGGAGGAGGAAGAAGAGAAAAGGAGGCAGGAGGAGGAAGAAGAGAAAAGGAGGCAGGAGGAGGAAGAAGAGAAAAGGAAGCAGGAAGAGGAGGAGAAAGAGAAGAAGAGGAAGGAGGAGGAGGAAGAGAACGAGAAGAAGAGGAAGGAGGAGGCGGAGGAGAAAGAGAAGAAGAGGAAGAAGCAGGAGGAGGAGAUCUCGCUGGAGGUCAUCUUACUGGUGGACAGCGAGGAAGAGGAGGAAGAGAAAGCCCCAGCCGCCGGGCGCGGUCGCGGUCGCGGAAGAGGACGCGGACGCGGACGCGGUGCCGGCGGGCGCGCACGGGUCGAGCCUGUGGCUGCUCCAGCCACGAGGAAAAGGGCUGCGGCAAGCAAGACUGAAACGGAGGAUGCACCUGCGGAGCCCGUGGCGGCUCCGGCCACAAGGAAAAGGGCUGCGGCAAGCAAGACCGAGACAGAUGAUACCGCUGCGGAGGCCGUGCCGGCCCGUGCCACUCGCGCUCGGAGCCAGACGACGGCGGCGCCCGUCGCCGAGGAAGAGGCGCCCAAGACAAGACGGGCGUCGAGGCGGACCGCGGCGACCAAGACUGGUACGCAGCAGGAAGAAGAAGGAAAGGGGACGCAAGCUGUCGCCUCUGAAAUGGAAACUGCGGAAAUGGAAGAAGAUGCCACGAAUCCUCAGAACGAGGAGCAAAACGAGGUUGAGGAACAGAGCCAGAACGGCCAAGGGGUUGUAGUCGAGGAUGCACCAGCACAGGUGCAAGAAGAACCACCAGUGGAGAAGGAGGACGACGGUAGGCAAGAAUCUCCUGCCAUUGGCGCGGGGAGGCGAGGUGGCAGACGACGCGCACGGCCCGAGCCUGUGGCGUCUCCGGCUACCAGGAAAAAGGCUGCAACAAGGAAGACCGUGACAUGGGAUGAUGCUCCGGCUGCAGAGGCCGUGCCGGCUCGGGCCACCCGUCGCGCUCGGAGCCAGACGACAGUGACUGAGGAGGCGCCCAAGGGAAGACGGGCGUCGAGGAGGACUGCUGCGCAGCAGGAAGAGGAAGGGGAAGACCAGCAAGCCGUUGCCUCUGAUGCGGAAGCUGCUGCGCCUGCGCCGGUUUCCUCGGACGAAGCAGCUGGUGAUGCUGCAGAAAUGGAGGAAGAAGCCACGAAUCCGCAGGAACAGGUUGAGGAAGAACCACCGGUGGAGAAGGAGGAGAAAUCGCCUGCCGUUCGCGUGGGACGGCGCGGUGCCCGCGGGCGCCCACGGGCCGAGCCUGUGGCGGCUCCGGCUACGAGGAAAAGGGCCGCAACAAGCAAGACCGAGACAGAGGAGGCGCCCGUGGAGGCCGCGCCGGCUCGGACCACUCGUCGUGCUCGGGGCCAGACCACGGUCGUUCCGGUGGCCGAGGAAGUCGCGCCCAAGACAAGACGGACGUCGAGGAAGACUGGUACACAGCAGGAAGAGGAAGGGGAAGGCCAGCAAGCAGCCGUUGUCGAAACUGUUGCGCCUGCGCCGGUUUCCUCUGACGAGGGAGCUGACGAUGCUGCAGCAAUGGAAGCAGCCAUGGAUCCUCGGACUGAGGAGCAAAACGAGCUAGUUGAGGAGCAAAACAAGGAACUUGAGACAGGUGAUGAUAUGGAAACUGCUGUACCUACUGAAGAAACAGAAAGGGAGGCCAUGGAUCUUCAGAACGAAGAGCAAAACAAUCUGGUUGAGGACCAGUGUCAGGAAGAUGCAGGUGGUAUGCCUGAUAUGGAAACAGCACCAGUUUCCUCUGACGAGGAAGAUGAUGAUACUGAAGAGAUAGAAGAAGAGGCCGUGGAUCCUCAGAACGGUGAGCAAAAGGUGCUGCUGGUUGAGGAACAGGGCCAGGAAGAGGAGCACGAGACAGGUGAUGUCCCUGAUAUGGAAAGUGCACCGGUUUCCUCAGACGAGGGACAUGAUACUACUGCAGUAAUGGAAGAAGAGGCCAUGCAUCUUGAGAACGAAGAGCAAAAGGAGCUGCUGGUUGAGGAGCCGAGCCAGGAAGAUGCAGGUGAUGUGCCUUCUAUGGAAACUGCACAGGUUUCCUCUGACGACGAAAAUGAUGAUACUGAAGAAAUAGAAGAGGAGCAGGGUCAGGAAGACGAAGGUCGUGUGGAAACUGCUGUGCCGGUUUCUUCAGACGAGGCAAGUGGUGGUACUGAAGAAAUGGAAGAAGAGGACCAGCAAGCUGUUGUUUCUGAUGCGGAAACUGUUGCGCUUUCCUCGGACGAAGGAGCUGGUGAUGCUGCAGAGCUGGAAGCAACCAUGGAUGCUCAGAACGAGGAGCAGAACGAGCUAGUUGUGGAGCAGGGCCAGGAAGACGAAGGUGAUGUCCUUGACAUGGAAACUGCUGUGCCUGGACCGGCAACCUCAGACGAGGGAAGUGAUGAUGACGCUGAAGAAAUGGAAGCAGCCAUGGAUCCUCAGGCCGAUGAGCAAAAUGAGCUAGUUGAGGAACAGGAUCAGGAAGAAGAAGGGUUGGCCUCGGAUAUGCAAACCAGUCCCGAACUAGUGGAAGAACCAGCACCAGUGGCAGAAGAUUGCAGCACGGUUGUUUCAUCAGUGGAAGAGCAGCAGGACGAUGUCCAGCAGUGUGAGCAGUCUCCAGUCGCCCAGAAUGUUGUUGAUCAGGAAGGCCAUUUCCCGGCUGAAACUGUCUCCAGCGAGGGGCCACUGGACGUGGAGAUUCAUCAUGCCGGUGAGGCCGCUGAGGACGCCGAGGAUCAUCAGACGGAAAUUGUGCCCGUGGAAGCGCCGGAAUCCGGUGAGUCCACUGAGGAAGCUGAGGAGCAUCAGUCCACUGAAGAGACUGAAAUGGUGCCGGUGGAAGCGCCGGAAUCCGGUGAGGCCACUGACGAAGCUGAGGAGCAUCAGUCCACUGAAGAGACUGAAAUGAUGGUGCCCAUGGAAGCGCCGGAAUCCGGUGAGGCCACUGACGAAGCUGAGGAGCAUCAGUCCACUGAAGAGACUGAAAUGAUGGUGACCAUGGAAGAGACCGCUGAGGAAGUUGAGGAGAUUCAGCAGUCCAGUGAAGAGACUGAAAUGGUGCCCGUUGAGGAAGCUGAGGAGGUUCAUCAUUCCAGGGAAGAGACAGAAAUGGUGCCCGUUGAGGAAGCUGAGAAGAUUCAUCAGUCCAGUGAAGAGACGGAAAUGGUGCCCGUGGCCGAGUCGGCGGCUCAGGCCGCUGACAAAGCUGAGCAGAUUCAUCAGUCGAGUGAAGAGACCGAAAUGGUGCCCGUGGACUCACCGGUGCCGCAGGAGGUUGGUUUCACCUGCCAUGCAGACACUGCCAUUGAGGAGGAGAAUGAAGUGCUUCAGAGUGCAGCCAAAGCCAAUGAGGAGAAGGAAGACCUGGUUGUCGAAGAGGAGGAGAGUGAAGUGCUGUUUGGUGCUCUUUUCCAGAGCGCAGCCAAGACCAGUGAGAACAAGGAUGAGCUGGCUGUUGAAGAGUUGUUGCAGCAUGACAUGGAUGAGGCUGCUGCAGAGGAUGACAAUGAAGUUUCAGUCCUUGGUGCUCUGUUCCAGAGCGCAGCCAAAGGCAAUCAGAACAAGGGAGAUGUUGAAGAGCUGCAGCAUAACACCAUGGAUGAGGCUGUUGAAGAGGACAAUGAUGUGCCAAUCCUUGGUGCUCUGUUCCAGAGCGCAGCCAAAACAAAUGAGAACAAGGAACAUCUGGGUCUUGAGUCUGCUGCAGAGGAGGCGGCGAAUGAGGUGCCAUUCUUUGGUGCCCUGUUCCAGAGCGCAGCCAAGUCCAGUGAGAACAAGAAACAUCUGGCUGUUGAGGAGAAUGAGGUGCCAUUCUUUGGUGCUCUGUUUCAGAGCGCAGCCAAGUGCAACGAGAACCAGAGCGCAGCCAAAACAAAUGAGAACAAGGAACAACAACUGGUUGUUGAUGAGGUGCAGUAUAACUUGGAUGAGUGUGUUGCAGAGGAGGGGAAUGAGGAAGAUAUGGCUGUCUUUGGUGCCCUGUUUCAGAGCGCAGCCAAGUCCAGUGAGAACAAGGAACAUUUGGUUCUUGAUGAGGUGAAGCAUGCCAUGGAUAAUGAGUCUGUUGCAGAGGAUGAGAAUGAGGUGGCAUUCUUUGGUGCUCUGUUUCAGAGCGCGGCCAAGUCCAAUGAGAAGAAGAAGAAAUAUCUGGUUGUUGAUGAGUGUGCUCAAGAGGAAGACAGUGAGGUGCCAUUCUUUGGUGCUCUGUUUCAGAGUGCAACCAAGGCAACCGAGAACAAGAAUCAUCUGAUUGUUGGUGAGGCGGAGCAGCAUAACAUGGACGAGGAGUCUGUUCAAGAAGAGGAGCAAGAUAUGGCUGUUGAUGAGUUGCAGCAUAUCAAGUCUGUUGAGGAGGAGAACGAUGAAGAUCAGACAACCUUGGCUGCUUGGCUGCUGCUUCACAGAGCAGCCAAGACCGCUGAAGGCAAGGAAGACCUGAUUGUUGAUGAGGUGCAGCAUGACACAGAAGAGCAUGUUGAAGAGGAGCCAAAGAAGGAGAGUGUUGAGGAAUCGGUCACCGUCAACCUCCUGUCGCAAACCACUGUAAGAGAGGAGAGUGGCAUCGCCAGUGAGCUGAGAAAUGUGCCCGUCGAGGAGGACGACGGUGGCAUGGUGGCCGCCGACGAGAUGCCACUCAGCUCAGCCACAAUGUUUGAGGGCGCUGUACAAGUGAUCACCGUCGAGAACCUGUCGCAAGCCACAGUAACUGACGAUGAGGGUGCAGUCAAGGGCGGCCUCGCAGAUGUGUCCGUUGAAGAGGUGCUCAUCGUCGACAACCUGUCGCAGGCCACGGUGACUGAUGAUGAAUGGGCAGCCAGGGAGUGUGCUUUUUCCACCGGCAACCUCACACCGGUCGUCGACACUGCCAAGGACGUGGUGACCGUCGACUACCUGUCGCAGGCCACAGUGACAGAUGACGAAUGGGCAGUCAAGGAGAGCGCUUUCGCCGGUGACCGCUCACCGGUGUUCGACGCUGCCGGAGACUGCAGUGGUCACGUCAUUUCGCCCCUGUUUGCAGGCCUGUUUGAGGAUGCCACCAAGUUCCUAUCCAUGGAUUCCAUCACUGUGGAGGCAACGGUCUCUGAAGCUGCUGUUGAGAAGACCAUCACUGUGGAGGCAACGGUGUCUGAAGCUGCUGCUGAGAAGAACGUUGCUGAACCUGUGGCAAUGGAACAAGAGAAGGAAGUGAAGGAGGAAAGCAACGAAUCUGAAGCAUUGGGCAGCUUGAGCCUGAGGAAGCUUAGGGUCCAGCUCAAGGAGAAGGCGGCAGCGGCACAAGAGAAUGAAGUGAGGGAGGGUGAGAAAUCAUCUGUGCCACUGGAUAAGCUUAGCCUACGGAGGCUCAAACUGAAGCUCAGGGAGACGCUGAUUGCUCACAAGAACAGAGAAGCAAACAGAGUGCCCCUUGGAAGGUUGGACCAGACGCUGAAUUCAGCUCACAAGAACAGAGAGCCGACUAGGGUGCCCCUCCUCGGCAGGUUGGACGAGAACUCGGCGUCUCAGUUGCAGAAGAGGGAGCCCAAUAGGGUGCCCCUCGGCAGGCUGGACGACAACUCGGCGUCGAAGAUGCAGCACAGAGAGCCGAAUUCGGCGUCGAAAAUGCAGAACAGGGAGCCGUAUUCAGCGUCGAAAAUGCAGAAGAGGGAGCCGAAUUCAGCGUCGAAAAUGCUGAGCAGAGAACCUAUCAGGAUGCGCCUCGGAAGGCUGGACGAGAACGCGUGUUGA